UUAUGUUUAGCUGAAGUUGGCGUGAGCGUCAAAUAUGGAAUGUACUGUGGAUCAUUACACUGCAGGAAUGCUGCUCAGCGGUGUAGGAGAUGCUCUGGGUUACAGGAAUCAACUGUGGGAAUACAACCAAUCUGGCCCUGCCAUCCACCAGGAACUGCAAGAGCUAGGGGGGCUGAAAAACAUCUCUGUGGAGCUUCCUGAUUGGCCAGUUAGUGAUGACACUGUGCUUCACUUGGCAACCGCUGAGGCCCUAGCAACAGGAAAAGCAGGCUUGGAGCUACUGCAUGAGGUUGCUUUCCGAUACGUGGAGGGAAUGAAGGACAUGGAAGGGAGGAAGCCAGGACCUUCAAGUAUUCUAGGUAUUGCACAGUUGCGCCCAGGCACUGAAGGGGGUUACAGGGUGCCGUAUAACCCAGAAGCCACAGGUUGUGGGGCAGCCAUGAGGUCCAUGUGCAUUGGCCUUAGAUAUCCUUAUCCUGAUCAGCUGUCCUCACUGGUUGAGGUUGCUGUGGAGACUGGAAGAAUGACUCAUCCUCAUCCAACCGGUUUCCUUGGGGCUGUUGCUUCAGCCUUGUUCACCACUUAUGCAGUCCAGCGAAGACCAAUCACAACCUGGGGUCUGGGUUUAUUGGAGGAAGCUUGUCCUGUUGCAAAAACAUUUGUUACGUCUGCAGGAUAUGCUGUUAUGGAGACUGAGAGAGACUGGGACUACUUUACUGAAAAAUGGAAAUGGUAUUUGGAUCUAAGAGGACUAUCUUUGGGGGCUGGGCCAGUUAUUUGGCCUGACCAGUAUGGGCCAGCAGAACGAGAUGAGGCCUACAAGAGGUUCAGUCUGUCAGGUUGGGCUGGUCGAAGUGGUCAUGAUGCUCCAAUGAUAGCUCUGGAUGCCCUCUUAGGAGCAGGCUUGAACUGGGAGGAACUCAUGAGUCGAGCAGGAUUUCAUGGAGGCUCCCGAUGGGAGUGGGCAUGCCUGAGAGGAGGGGCGUGGUGUUGGACAGGUCUGGCGGCGUGUGACGAGGCACACCUGAAGUGUAUCGAGCCUCGUCACCGCCGUCGUUAAAUACCGAGCACGCCUCUCCUCAAAAGAGACCGGUCUCCCGAGGACUCCGUCCCUUACCACGACGAUGACACCAGUUUCCCCAUUUAUUUUGGACACUUUUCCCCUGGACACUUUAUUUUGUAUAUUUUGUUUAAUUAAAAGCCUCUCCGAGGCCUAACACCACGCCCACUAUGUCUGCCGUUGGCUCCUCCAGCCACACUGGUGGAGAAUGCGGGCAACGCGGAGCUUAGACGGCACAGUUGAGCAACAUCUGAUGACGUCAUCCCCUCUUGCUCAUACCCACGCCGGGACGGAGGAACGACGAAGUCUCGCUCCCAACCACCAGAAAGGGUAAGUGACGCUUGCUUUACUGUCAUUUACCCGGUGGCUGGUUGAGCUUGUCGACUAAUUCCCGGUUUCUCUGUCCCGGUGCGAGAGGGGAGUUGCCCGGAGAGGAAUCCCUGCCCCGCCCACUUCGACCGCUGGAGCCUGGUUGAGGAAGGUAGCACUCCUGCGUGGGCAGUGACUGCUUGACGGGGUUGACGCUUGAGGAAGGGAAUGUGACAAGUCGGCUGCCCCUCCCCUUUAUUGUCAUCAUCACCUCGUCCUUUAUUCGCCGCCCUUCACCAGGCUCCCGACUGGAGUGGGCAUGUCCGAGAGGAGGGGCGUGGUAUUGGACAGGUCUGGCGGCGUGUGACAUGGCAUACCUGAAGUGUAUUAAAUUAGUAAAGUUAAAUACCGAGCGUGCCUCUCCUUGAGAGACGGUCUCUUCCCCUGUGCAUACACGCUGGUGUCCUCGUGGGUCCAGGAAGGGAGCGUGAAGGGACUGUCGGACUCCUUAGUCCAGGCGAUGACCCCUGACGGGUCAGGAUGCCGGGCCAGGAUGCCGGGCUGUUUAUCCCUUCAAAUCUGCCGACAGGAAAGAAGCGACAGAGAAGCCACGGGCAGAAGCCCUGGACCAGAGAGGGGAGUGCGUGCGGCCACCAGACUCCGCCCCUUACCUGGACCCUUCCCCCUGGAGCACUAACUGACCUGCACUUCCCCUGCAGGACAACAAGGACACCUGUUUAUUUGGACACUUUUCCCCCUGGACACUUUAUUUUUGUAUGUUUUUGUUAAUAAACGCCACUGCCAGUGUGUCUGUCGUUGGCUCCUCCCGCCACAAUAUAUAUAUAUA